CUUAAUCCGUAAGAGCGGAAAGAUAUCGACAUUGUUUUUGACACGAUCUCUUAUCGACUGUUUAAAUACUCGUGCCAGUCCGGCGAUACAUUCGGGUGGGAGCCAUUACGAAGCGAAGUUACUGUUAUGGUCUUUUGAACGUUCGUCGAUACUUUUUCCCAUUUCGGUGACAAUGUAGAAGACUCUCUCUUAUACAUUUGUCGAUUAGGCUCUAAAAUCCCCUUACAGAAAUUUUCAAAAACCUGCCAAAACUAGUUUGUCGAAUGAGGGUAGAUUGGAGUGAAUUUGCCCUGGGUGACCGUGGACACACAAGCUAAAAAUGGCGGAAACCAACUUGGAACCCGACCAAGGGAAAGGAACAACGUCGUACAAGAUCUCAGCGAAACCCAAGUCCAAGCCAGCACCAUUGGAUAUCAGUGCAGCUCAAGCCAUGACCUCUAAUUCAGACAAGAAUGACAAAAUGAAGGUCACAACACCUAAAUCUAAGUUGGGUCACCGUAGGGUAGAUGAAAAAGGUGAAACAACAUAUAAAAAGACUCCUUCAUCAGCAUUGAUGUCAGCAAUACAGCUUGGUAUUGGUUUUACGGUUGGAAGACUGUCUGCAAAGCCAGAGCGUGAUGUAUUGAUGCAAGAUUUUGCCCAGAUUGAGACUGUUGUAUUUCCCAGUGAGGGUACCAGGGAAACACCAUCUCACAAGUUUAGCGAUUUCAAAUUCAAGAGUUACGCACCUGUGGCAUUCCGGUUUUUCCGGGAGCUGUUUAGUAUGAGGCCUGAUGACUUUAUGAUGGCAUUGUGCAAUGAACCGCUUGUUGAGCUGUCAAACCCUGGUGCUAGUGGAUCUUUGUUCUAUGUAACCUGUGACGAUGAGUUUAUUAUCAAGACGGUACAACAUAAGGAAGCAGAAUUCUUGCAGAAACUUCUCCCUGGAUAUUACUUGAACCUUAAUCAAAAUAAGAGAACCCUCCUUCCCAAGUUUUUUGGCCUAUUUUGUUACCAGUGUGGAGGGAAAAAUAUUCGGUUGGUUGUGAUGAACAAUUUACUUCCAAGAGACUGGAAAUUCCAUUACAAGUAUGACCUCAAGGGAUCUACUUACAAAAGAAGAGCUUCUAAAGCUGAAAGAGCAAAAAAACAUCCAACUCUUAAAGAUCUAGACUUUAUUGUGGAUUUCCCUGAGGGGAUUUUCUUAGAACCGGAAAUUUAUACCUCAUUGAUAAAGACUCUACAAAGAGACUGUCGGGUUCUUGAAAGCUUCAAAAUAAUGGACUAUAGUAUCCUUCUUGGAAUCCAUAACAUUGAUGAGGCUGCCAGAGAGCGCCAACAAGAAGGUACCCUCACCCCCUCAGGCCAGAUGAACUCUACUGUUGAUAGCAACCAACUUGCAACCAGCAUACAACAGGAGGCAAGAACCCCUGGUGAGACAGGAGACUAUGUGACGAUAAAAAGGCUCUUAGGAAAAUCACGCAGCUGGGAUGUUUCUUUUACUCAUGGAGUGCACAUACAUGAUACGAAAGAGGUCGAUGCAGCAGCUGCCGCUGACAAGGCCCGUCUACAGCGUUCCAAGAGCCUAAAGGUCAGAGAGGGGUUCAGCUCCGCCUGGGAGGCCAUCAGAGUGAAAGAGUCGGUGGAAAGACCGUUUGGUAGCAUUCCUGCUCGUAACGCGAAGGGCGAGAAGCUGCUGUUAUUUGUUGGAAUCAUCGACAUCCUUCAGAGUUACCGGUUAAAGAAGAAGUUGGAGCACGGCUGGAAGGCGCUUGUUCAUGACGGGGACACCGUUUCUGUGCACCGACCGAGCUUCUAUUGUAAACGAUUCCUUGAGUUUAUGACUAGCAAUGUCUUCAAGAAACUCCCAGGCAAAGAAAAGUCCUCGCCUCGAAAGCGGUCGUUUCAAUCCGUUGUAAACCGAGUGCGAUCCAUGACAGAAGCCGACCGAGCUCGUGCCGAUCUCCGUCAGCGGGAUAGAGCAACGACCACCGAAAGCUCGACGUUAGCGGAGCGAACGCGAUCGCGCUCCUUCAACGAAUCGGAUCGGGAAAUCCGAGAUAAAAAAGCUGCUACCGUAGCAAGAGACCGCUUCAACCAUGGUGCUGCUGGCUCAGCACUAGGAGAACCCGAGGGGACUGAUAAGAACGCAGCCUCCUCCUCAUCCGAUGACGUCUCACAGGCGGAAACACGGUCUGCAGGAAGUGUAACGCCAGAGUCUGAAUCUCAUACCACCAAACGGCAAGUCAGCUUUCAGAUCCCUGAAGGAACAGAAGACUUUACCAUAAAUGCUCACGGAGAAUCGUAGAAGCGGCCGAUAGGCGACAGUGAGGCUUAAACAAUCAGAUGCCCUUACUAGUGACACGGGACGCAUGCGCAGACAGACGAACCCUGGGUACCAGAGUCUCGAGCUUCGUUUACUAUGCGCGUCAACUGACUACGGUCGCCGCUUCUUCGCUGCUCGUGUUGUCGGAGUAUUGUCGGAGUGAAGCUCGGGACUCUGGUACCCAGGGUAAGACGGACGCAUACGGGACUUCAAAAUAUGGCCAUGAUUUUUUUAAGUGAAAAUUCGGAAAGCGGCCGCGCGGAAGACUGGUUAGAACACUCACAUUUAGCCGUAUAUGGGUGAUAGUUUUAAGAAAUACAAUAAAGCAUUGGGAAUUUAAAA